AUGGGUUGCCGAUUAAACAAGUUGGAGAAACGCGAUGACAAACGGCCUGGAAAUAUCUAUUCAACGUUGAAGAGGCCUCAGGUGGAAACCAAGAUAGACGUGUCCUACGAAUACCGCUUCCUGGAGUUCACGACCCUGAGUGCCGCCGAGCUCCCGCGGUCCUCAGCAGUGAGGCUGGCCUCCCUGCGAGACCUGCCCGCCCAGCUCCUGGAGCUGUACCAGCAGGGCUUCUUGCUCGUGGCCCUGCACCCUUUCGUGCAGCCGACCCACAAGCAGGAGAAGACACCCCUGGAGCACAUCUUCAGGGCCAUCCUGAUCAAGAAAACCGACAGAUCUCAGAAAUCUGAUCUGCACAAUGAAGGCUACGUCUUGGAAUUAGAUUGCUGUUCCUCCUUAAUCCACCUGACAGACCAAAAAAUCAUCCCAGAGUUCUUUAAGAAGGUCCAGGAGGCGGCCAGUCGGGGCCUGAAAUUCGUGAGUGUCAUCCCUCAGUACCACUGCCCUGUGAACUCAGCAGGCAGCAGCCCCCCGGUGCGGGGUGGGGACAAGAACCCAGGGGCUCCAGCACAAGCGGAUGGAGGAAGCCCAGAGCCAAACCAGGGCCCAGGAGGGGAGGCACCCAUCACCGCCACACAGCCCAGCUUGCCUUUGGAAGUGGAGGACGGUGCAGACUUUUCCAAGACUCCGGAUGGACCAGACGGGGAACUGUCCGAAGUGCCUGGGGAACCGCCCUCGGGAAAAACGGAGAUCUUCGCCCUCUUCAACAAACCGAAGAGCCACCAGGAGUGCCGGCAGUACUACACGGUCAGCAUUCCUCUCCGGGUCUCCACCAACGGCCAGGCAGUGAGCGGUUUGGAUGCCAACUGGCUGGAGCACAUGAGUGACCACUUCCGGAAAGGAGGCGUGCUGGUGAAUGCCAUCUUCUACCUGGGCCUGGUCAACGAUUCCUUACACAGCUUGACAGAUGGAGUAUUCAUCUUCGAAGCGGUUUCCACAGAAGAUAGCAAAACCAUGCCGGGCUACGACGCUAUUGUUGUCGAACAAUGGACGGUCCUGGAAGGCGUCGAGGUGCAGACGGACUACGUGCCCCUGCUGAACUCGCUGGCGGCCUACGGCUGGCAGCUCACCUGCGUGCUGCCAACGCCCGUCGUCAAGACUAACAGGGAGGGAAACGUAUCCACCAAGCAGAUUGUCUUUCUUCAGAGACCGUGUCUACCUCAGAAACUCAAGAAGAAGGAAUCCAAGUUUCAGUGGCGAUUCUCCCGAGAAGACAUGCACAGCAGGCAGCUGAGGAAAUCCAAGGGUAAACUCGGUGCCAGAGGCAAGCGGCAAGCCGAAGAGAACGACAGGAACCUGGAAGACCAGUUUCCCAAGGCGGGAGACGUGGGAAACUGCGUGCUGGGCCAGCAGCAGGAGGACGGGGCCUCGGAGGAGAAGGACCCCGUCCAGGAGGUCACCGGAGAGCCGCUGUGUCCCGAUGGCCGGCUCAGUGUGGAGGGCGGGGCCGUGCAGAACGGCCCUGCCGGCCACUGUGGGGCCUCGGCCGGGGGCUGUGAGGGGGCCUCGGGUCCUGGGGAGGAUGCCGGGGAGGGAGGUACUGAGGAAGUGGCUGCAGAGACAGCAGAAGACUACUGA